CCAGUCAUGCGCAGAUCUGUGCUUGUUAAAUAUUCCUCUUUCGAUAUGGCCACCGAAAGGUUUUAUCGAAAAUAGAAUUAAUAAAAUCAAAAUUCAACACCGAAGAGAUUGACAACAGUGACCGUCCCGCACAGGUAGUUUGACGACACAGUGAGAAUUUUUACACACACGUGGAUCAAACAUGCAGAAUUUUGAUGAUCUUGACAUAGAGGGUCGUAAUCCUACUCACUUAUCAGAAGCAGGCAAAGAGAAGGAAGAGUACGAUCGAAAGCGUUUAAUGAGGAGCAGUGUCACAGCUGAAGAUGGCACACUUAGACCUGUAUAUUCGGAAACGGAAGAUGGCGAUAUAUGGUGUCAUAUAUGUAAUAUAGCUCUGUUUGGAGCUCACAAAUUAUUAAAUCAUAACAUGUGUAAUCGUCACAAAAUGAAAUUAGACGAAUGGCCAUAUCCAGUUUUAUUAUGGUCGAAACGAUCAGAUAUCGUAAAAGCAUCCCCACCUGCACAAUCAGCUGCCAUUGGCGAUGGUCUAGCACCCGGAGAACCGGUACCACCAGGCAUGGAAGACCAAAUAACUAGAACAACAACGAUUCAGACAAGUCUGGAUCGACAUAGAAGUUCACCGCUCGUUGGUCUGGAAUAUUUGCUCGAACUAGUGGAUAACGAUUCCUGUGAACCCAGCUAUACAUGCGUUUUAUGCGAUAAACGGGGUGAUCCUCGUACCGUCAUGGCUCAUAUUACCAGUUACAAUCAUAGAAUAACGUAUCUAAACAGACAUUUUCCAACCAUAUCGCGAGCUAUUACGGAAUUACCGCGUACUCCCAAUUAUAAACGUGGAGCUAAUGAAAUAUCGGUGUUAGUGGCUAAGAAGAUCGAAGAACGGUUUGGAAGACUACAGCCGCAAUUGGUAGACAAGAAUCAAUUCGAAAAGAACAAAAUGCAGUAUAUCAAGAGAGUCUAUCAGGAUUAUCAUUUUAGGGAAACGCCAGAGUUAACAUUUAUGGAUGUUUACGAUGUGCGAUGGGUAACAGACUUUGAAGAAAAAAUGGGUGAAAUGGCUGGUGUUAGUGGUACAAAGAAAGAUUCUCAACCUAUCGAUGACCCAGACGAAAAACAAAAAACCGAAGACAAGAAACAUGAAAAAUCAACACCGAAGAAAACGGAAUCGAAAUCGGAAACUACGAAAUCGGGAUUCAAGAUUCGUAUCCUUACAAGGGAUAAAUUACAUAUUCGUAAACCGUUAGAAAAAGAGGAAGAGACAAUGAAAAAAUCUCCGAAACGUCCUUCUGACGAAACAAAGUCUCUUUCAUCGCUUUCAAGCAUUUCUAGCAGUCCAUCUCCAUCACGUUCGAGAUCACGAUCACCGAAUCGUAAUCGUAAACCCCUCAUAACAGAGAAAAGUACGAAAUACCGUUCAAAAUCGCGAUAUUCUCGAUCUCGUACGCGUUCCCCGGAACCGCUUAGAGAACGGGACAAAUGGGACAAGUAUCGUGACCAGAUACGACGGGCCGAAGAAACGCUAGACCGUGCUUUAAAGUUUCACGAGAAAAACCCAGAAAAGCAUCCGUCGUAUCCAGACGAGUGGAAAAAAUUUUGGAACAGACGGUACAAAGAGUUACAAGCCGAGGGCAAAGAUCCCAGCAAGCACGAUUUCAAGCCCGAAUGGAUCGAGUUCUGGAACAAGCGCAUGCGCGAAAUUCAUAACGAACAACUGCAACAGCGAAAAGAAGAGAUCAGAAAACGUUUAGAAUUACCAGAAGACAAGCCACCGGAGAAAUGGAUUCCGCCGAACAGACGCGACCGGUCACCCAAACGAAGCCGUCAUCGCGUAGAGAGCGACGACGACGUUGAAUACGUUGGAACGAAAACUAUUAAAACGGAUUAUUACGACCAUCACGAUACGAGGGAUCGUGAUUACUCGUAUUCUUCUUAUAUGCGUGGGCGAGGAGCUAUAUACAGAAGCAGUUACUACCCCCGAACCGUUUCACGCACGAGAUACGCGACACCAUAUCCCGUGAAAGACAAAUCUCCGAGCCCUAUGCCCGAAGAAGUAUUAACCGAAGAUUUAGAAGUGGUCGGUUUACUGAGGCUGCUCACGGCACUGGAGGGCCAACUGGGCUCCCUUGGACCGAAGAUAGUGUCUCUUCUCUCAAAAGCAUUAGCGGCGGAAAAAGCGAAACCGAACUCUGCCGAGGAGUUACUGUACGACGAAGAGGUGAGCGUGCUUUUCGAGACUGUCAAAGAGAAACUAAAGGGUCAGCUGUUCGCGGGAAUGAUUGAAAAAAUGGCUAUAACGCCGACGAAAUCUGCGAUACAGAAUAUUGCUCAGUUGUUACAUAGAACAGCGGAAAGCAAGAAAAAAAUGGAAGAGGAGAAAAAGAAGAAGCGAGAAUUAGAGGCUGCGAAGUCUGCGAGUUACGUACCGAGAACUGUUUACACGAGGCCUGUGGAGGUUAUCGCACCCGUAAUUAAGUCCGAGCCCGUUAGCGUGCCUGGCGUGGGUACUGUAGAUAAGGUGGCUAUAGCACAACAGAUAGCAGCUGCUCUAGUAGCUCAAGGUAGAUCGAAUGUCUCUCAAGAGGAAUUGGAAACUCUGAUCAAUGCUGUUGUCGGAAUGGCCGAGGCGUCUAAGAAUUCCGAUCGACCGGUAACCACUGCAGAUUUCGUUAAAGGCCUGUCGAAAAGUAACAGCUCUCUCGUUCAAACUACGACACCUGUGCCUGCAACCUCAACGACGGAUACAGCUGAACGUCAAACUUCAAAAAUGGAGAGUUUGUCGGAUACAGACUUGAAGUCGCUUCUGCAGAACUUUAAAGACUUGAGUUCUCAGGAACAACACGGGCUUAUUAAUUUCUUGAAAAAGUUGGAGGUGACCGAUCCGGUUCGAGUAGAAAAAUUAAGAGGAUUCGUCAACUUGGGUACGACGUCAACAGGAGUUUCGGUGCUAAAAACGAAGUCUCCGACGCCAGACAAGAUAGAGACGAUUAUUAAAUCGAGCAGAAGUAUUUCGCCGUUUUCAGUGCGCAAAAGCAAUCAAAAUCCCAUAGAUGAAGAAGAUAAAUGGAAACCUAAAAUAGAUAUGUUCGCGAAUGACGAUGAAGAGGAACAGCAGGCGAAGAAUGAUAACGAGGAUAAGCAGAAAACGAAGAUAGAUUUAUCUGACGAUGAUGACGAUUACACGUUUGAAGAUAUAUACAAAGCGGCGGAUAAAAACGUGAUCGAAAGUGAAAAAGCAAAGAAAAAGUCGCGAACUUUUUCAAAGUCGGCAUCGAACUCUCCAAGAUCAUGGACGCAUUCUCGUUCUCGUUCACGUUCACGGUCGCGCUCUCCGGUAAGAGCAAAGGAAUUGACGAAGACCAGCGAUCCGAAUGCAAUUUUGAACGAGACCAAACGAUUGAUAGCUAACAUAAUGGGUGAUCUUCCGAAUAAGUAUGUAUCAAAAUCGCACAUGUCGCUUGCGUCUGAAAAUCUCGAAAAAAAUCUACAAAAACCAUUAGAUCAAAUGUCCAAUACGUCAACGCCUCCCUUCUCGAACUUUUAUAAUCAGGGAAUCGUUCAGAAUAAUCCACAGGCUUGCCCUCGUCCGCAAGAAUUUCCUUUGAGUUACCCAAACAUAUCUAAUCAACAGUUUCAAAAUUAUCCGCAACAAGUUUACAGUAAUAAUCAAGGUUACAUGGACGAUGUAUAUAACUACCAAGGUUAUGGUACUUUAGGCAAUCAAGGUCAGUAUAAUAGGCCAGUCAUACUGUCGAAUGAAUAUCCUGGUCAACAAAAUUAUGGUGGACAACCGUACGAUCCACCAUCCGCGGGACACCACGGGACUUCCAGUUACUCGCAACAACAUCCCCAACAGCAAUAUGGAAAUUAUGUGCAACAACAACAACGUUUCUAUUAGAGUGACAUUGAGUUUAGGAAUAUUUCGUACGAAUGUAUUGAACUUUUACCGUAGCUGUAAAGUUAUUUACAAUUGUUACGGGACUAGUUCUUUUUCUUGGACUAUUAUGCAAGCGUUUGUGGAAAGUUUGAGUGUUAUUAGUUGAUGAACUCAUACAUAGGAAUGAUCAGGAUAUCAUCCAUUUUUCUAAUCGAAUUGAAUGAAAAUAUAUAAAUACAUUUCAACGUUCGUUUUAGAUCGUAAUAUGAAGUUUUCCAUUGAUACGUAUAAUAAUACGCGUUCUGAUCGCUUUUAUACAAAAUUGGGGAUAUCCUUGUUUCAUUAUCACAGGAUUUCUUGACAAAUUACAAAUUUACAUUUGUCGUUCCUCUUUGUGCACGAGCAAUUUGUUACUGCAUCAGAUUUUUAUACGUUUAUAAGUCGCGUGUACCUCCGCCUCGUCGAUAGCGAGGUUCAAUUUUAUUCUAAACAUCUAACUUCAAGUGAAUCGCAUAGACGAGGAGUGAACGUGGGUUUAUAAAAUGGAGUAUUACUUGAAUGGUCGAUGUCAACGGAAGAAAGUAAGUAAAAUAGAAAGUUGAAACGAAAAAGGAAAACGUCUUUACUCUCAAUUACAAUUUUGUAACAAUAGUUUUAAUUAAAUUUUAUUAUUUGAUAAUACGUUGUUCAUUUUCAUAAUUUAGCAAUUUCAGAUACGCGUGACAAAAUAUCAAAGGAGUCGAAAAUAAUGAUGUUAUUUUUACAAGCACUUUUAAUGUUUAAUGAAACAUAUAUAUAUAAUAGACAGAAUAACUAUGUGUAAUUUUUUAAUAAAAAAAAAAAAAAAUGUUCCAAAUCUAUUGGACGAGUAAAGAAUAACCUUCAUUUGUAAAUACUUAUAAGCGUAUUAGUUUUUCAUCUUUCAGAGAAACUAUGAACAUACCAAGGAACAUGUUUCUUAAUAUCUGAUAAUAAUAAUAAUAGAAUUAAAUUAAUAAUAAGUUUAACUGUAUAAAAAAUCAUACAUAAACGAAUCAUUUUAUUCUAUGCCCCAUGCUUUUCAUUUUAGCAUAUGUUAAAGUUACAUACAUGAGUGCCAGCCUUUAAGAACAAGUUGCAAAUUUUAAGGGUAUAGGCGAACAAGCGUGUAAAAGAUGCUCCAAAAUUAAUUUAAAUUUAUCAUACGAAUAACUUGUUCUUAAAUAUCUUACCUUUGGUAACAUGUAUCUUCAGCCUUUAUCACUGUCGUCAUUAAUUAUAGGAUUCGUUUGUUCGGCUUCGAAGAUUUUG